AUGGAGGCACCCAAGACUCUAAAGCAGCUCCAGUGCCUCAAUGGCAGGAUUGCAGCCUUGAAUAGGUUCGUGUCAAGAUCAAUUGACAAGUGCCUCCCUUUCUUCAAGGUUCUUAGGAAGAAGGGGUCGUUCGAAUGGACGGUAGAGUGUGAGCAAGCACUAGAGCAGUUGAAAAACUAUCUCUGCUCAGCACCUCUACUCGCAAAACCAUUGCCAGGAGAGAAGCUCCACUUGUACCUGGCAGUGUCUGAUAGCGCCAUCAGCUCGGCCCUAAUCAAGCAGGAGGGGUGUCUGAUGAAGUGGGCAUUAGAAUUGAGCGGGUACGACAUCCAGUUCGGGCCUAGAACCGCGUUAAAAGGGCAAGCAGUGGCGGACUUCAUCGCAGAGCUUACCCCACCGUCCCAGUCGACCGAGUCCAACCUCUCGUGGAUGAUCUACGUUGAUGGAUCUUCCAAUGAGAGAGAGUGCGGGGCAGGAAUCCUCUUGCUCGCACCAGGUGGUGAGCGAUUCGAGUAUGCUCUGCGGUUCAACUUUCGGACUUCAAAUAAUAAAGCCGAGUAUGAAACACUUCUAGCAGGCCUGCGCGUUGCCAAAGGACUGGGAGCCACCCACAUCAAGGUCUUUAGUGACUCUCAGUUAAUUGUAAAUCAGAUUAAGGAGGAAUACCAAACGAAGGACCCCCGAAUGGAAAAUAAAAAGUCAACCCUAACAACUUACGAGGUGAAUCAAGUCCCAAGAUCUGAAAACUCCAAUGCUGAUGCCUUAGCCAAACUGGCAUCAGCAUAUGAGACCGACCUGGCUAGAUCGGUCCCGGUCGAGAUCUUGGACAGUCCUUCAAUUUUGAAGCCAGAUGUGAUGGAGAUUGAUACUCCGUCACCCUCUUGGAUGGACCCAAUCCUGGAAUUUAUCAAAGGGAAUCCGCCGCAAGAUUCAAAGGAGCAAAAGAGGAUGGCGCGGAGAGCAGCUCGGUUCAUACUCCGAGACGGAGUGUUGUACCGACGUGGUUUCUCCCUGCCUCUGCUUAAGUGUGUGACUCCCGAAGAAGGCCUCUACAUUCUUAGGGAAAUCCAUGAAGGGGUGUGUGGAAAUCACUCUGGCGCCAGGUCGUUGUCGGCCAAGGUGGUUCGACAAGGGUACUAUUGGCCCACUGUUGAGCACGAUGCAAAACAAUUUGUGAAGACCUGUGACAACUGCCAGCGCUUCGCAAGCAUUAUCCAUCAGCCUCCCGAGCUACUGACCCCCAUCUCGGCCCCAUGGCCAUUUGCGCAAUGGGGGGUAGACAUCAUAGGUCCUUUUCCCCUAGGCAAAGGGCAAACCAAGUUCGUCGUUGUCGCUGUAGACUACUUCACUAAGUGGGCCGAGGCCGAGGCGUUGUCCCACAUCACGAAGUCCAGAGUCACAUCUUUCAUAUGGUCAAACAUCAUAUGCCGUUUCGGUAUACCGAACACCAUCGUGACAGACAACGGAAAGCAGUUCGACAAUGCAAAGUUCAAGGACUUUUGCAGAAAGUUGGGCAUAAGCCACCUCAGUUUGACCCAAGUUGGGAAGGACCGUUCGAGGUUAAAGGCAUAG